CCGUUCUCAACCCAACAUCAUCUGAAUGCUCAUCUUGCCAUCAUUUUCUUGCCUACAAAUAGUGACGAAGUGUUGGAUGCAAGAAAAAGCUGCGAAGAAAUGGAGAGGAGGGUUCAUGUUGUGGUGCUUCCAUAUCCAAGCCAAGGCCACAUCAACCCUCUCCUGCAGUUUGCAAAACGCCUUGCCUCCAGCGUCAAAGCCACGUUGGCAACCACCACUUACACUCUCAACUCCAUUCGUGUCCAAAACGUUGGCGUCGAGCCCAUCUCUGAUGGGUUCGACGAGGCCGGCUUUGCUCAAGCAGCGGAUGAGGACACUUUCCUUCAGUCAUUCAAAACCAAUGGCUCAAGAACCCUAUCGCAGCUCCUCCAAAAGUAUGAAAGCUCCGAUUUCCCUGUCAGCUGUAUUGUGUGCGAUUCAUUUUUGCCGUGGGCUCUUGACGUGGCCAAGAAACAUGGCGUCUAUGGAGCCUCAUUCUUUACCAACUCGGCGACUGUGUGCGUCAUUUUUUCGUACAUUUAUCGCGGUUUGAUUUCACUGCCGUGUAAGCUCGAGGACAUGCCCUUGUUGGUUCCUGGCCUGCCUCCGCUCAACUUACCUGACCUGCCUAGCUUUCUUAAGAAGCCGGAUAGUCACCCGGCUUACUUGAAGAUGAAGCUGAAUCAGUAUCCUAACUUGGACAAGGCUGAUUGGAUCUUUGCAAACACAUUUGAAGCACUCGAAGGCGAGGCUGCGCGAGGAAUAUCAGAGCUCUGGCCUGUGAAGUUGAUUGGCCCCAUGGUGCCUUCAGCGUAUUUGGAUGGGAAGAUUAAGGGGGAUAGAGGAUAUGGAGCAAGCCUAUGGAAGCCUCUCGGCGAAGAAUGCGCCAAAUGGUUAGAAGAAAAGCUACCCAAAUCGGUCGUGUAUGUUUCCUUCGGAAGCAUGGUGUCUUUGAGCGCGACGCAGAUGGAGGAGUUGGCACUGGGAUUGAAAGAAAGCGGACUGCAUUUCCUGUGGGUGAUAAGAGAAUCAGAACGCAGUAAGCUGUGCGAUGGAAUUGUCGACUCGACAAAGGAACAAGGUUUGAUUGUGACAUGGUGCAACCAGCUGGAAGCGCUGGCACAUGAAGCAGUUGGGUGCUUCGUGACUCAUUGCGGUUGGAAUUCGAUACUUGAAGGGCUCAGCCUUGGGGUGCCGAUGGUGGCUGUACCGCAGUGGGCAGAUCAGCUGACUAAUGCUAAGUUUGUGGAGGAGAUAUGGGAGGUUGGAGUGAGAGCUAAGGAAGACGAGGAGGGGGUCGUGAGGAAAGAAGAGUUUGUCGGGUGCUUGAAGGAAGUAAUGGAGGGAGAGAGAAGCAAAGACAUUAAGAAGAAUUCGAGUAAAUGGCGGGAGAUGGCUAAGAAAGAAUUUAGUGAAGGGGGGAGCUCUAACAAGAGCAUUGGUGAUUUUGCUAGAGCAUCUGCGGCUUGCUAAUAAGAAUGGAGAAGCAAAGGAGUUUAUGAACGGCACAGAUUAAACUAGUUUAUGCUUCUUCCGAGCUUAUUUUCUUAUGGAUCAUAAGAUUCACUCGUCAAU